CUGUUUAUGACGUUGUAACCUUUAGGUCUGACCUAUCACUGGAAGAACUGACAAGAAACUGAAAGGAUCAAAACAAAAAGUGACAAUGAUGUUUUUGAUAGUUUAUGUCCCGCUGAAAUUCAACAGUUGAAAAGAGGAAAAGGAGAAGAUAGAAUUUACUUGGCGCUGUAAAUUUUGGAUUAUAAUAAAGUGCUCCACUUCUGUGUCAAUGUCAUGAAUGUCUGUACUACAAACUAAGAUCUAUCAGUGUCAGUAACUCAAGUAACUGACGCCUGAGUAACUGAUUUAAUGACAAAAGGACAUUGAUGUUGUGCCCAGAUUAUGGGAUGUACUAAAAGUCGAUCUUUGGUCAGUAACUACCAGGAGUUGGAAGCUAUUAAAGCUAGGGUGAGGGAGAUGGAAGAGGAGGCUGAAAAGUUAAAAGAGAUGCAAACAGAAGUUGAUAAACAAAUGAAUAUGAGUUCUCCAACAGCUACACCUGCAGCUGCAGCCUUCCCUACCCCAGAAGAAAAACAAGAAGCUGAUAACAAGUCAAUCUUUGUUGGCAAUGUCGAUUAUGGUGCUACUGCUGAAGAGUUGGAACAGCAUUUUCAUGGAUGUGGUUCUGUCAACAGAGUAACAAUUUUAUGUGACAAAUACACAGGGCAUCCGAAAGGAUUUGCUUAUAUAGAAUUUGCAGACAAAGAUUCUGUUGUUACAGCAAUGGCAUUGGAUGAAUCCUUAUUUCGAGGAAGACAAAUUAAGGUGGUCCCGAAGAGAACAAAUCGUCCUGGUAUCAGCACCACCAAUAGGAGGCCCAGGGGGCGAGGUGUAACCAGAGGUGGUGGUCGAGGAACACCUUAUUUUAAUGGACCAUUUAUCCCUAGAACUCGUCGGCCUUUUGGGAGAUAUCGCAGGGCAGCUUAUUACAGUCCUUAUUGAAACAUUCACUGCAUAUGAAAAAAAAAAGAAAAAAGAAGAAAAAAAAAAGAAUAAAUGAAUUAAAAAAAAAUGUAAUAGACCUUUGUCUGACAUUGAAUUUUUGAAAAGAAAAAAACAUCAGGCUUUAAAUUUUAAUUUGAUUCCACAUAUACAAAUGUUUAAGGGAACUAUAAGUGUUUGGGACGUUCCGUUCAUGGGUGUCAUUUUAUAGUUCUUUAUAGUUACUAAUAAGUCAUUUCUUUUUUUCAGGCUUUCAUCCGCACAUGAGGUGCAAAGCUAGUCAAUGUCUUUCUUUGUCUCUUGUCUUUUCCCAUAUACUAUACAAAAGAUAAAAAAAAAACAACACAGGGCACUAGAGUAUUACGAUUAAAAUUAUGUAAAAAAAAAAAAGAUUCCUUAAAAAAUAAAAGUGGAAUCAAUAAAUUUUUAAAAAAUGUUAAUAUUUAAAAAAAAUAUAUGUAAAUUUUUGAGAAAAAAAUGUCUUUUAAGACUCCCAAAAAAAGCCAAUAUAUAUGAGAAAAGAAAAUUAAAGGUUGAGAAAACAAAUGGUCUUGCUCCCCUGACCUGUUAUUUCUGAUUGUGUCCUGCAGUGUAUGUAUUUGUAAGGUAUGUAUAUGUAUCAUUUGAACUUUUUUUUUAUUAUUAUGUCUUAUUUAUGAACAUUUUAUAAUAAAUAUUCCAAAUAAUGUGAA